GAUGCAAGGUUAGAGCAAGUUGGACACUCAGGACCCUGGCCUGGACGAGCUUCCUCUUCCUCUCUCAUCUUGCACCUACCCCGUGCCCAAGGUCUCUCAGUUUUAACCCCUCUUCCUUUCUGGGGCCUAGGCUGCCUGCAGGACCUGGAGCCAGCUCUUCACACCUUUAAUUGCUCUGGUCCCAUCAUGGAGAAGGACUUUCAAGACAUCCAGCAGCUGGAGCCUGAGGACGAUGACCAUCAGCUCAGUGAUAGUGAGGGGCCAGGCAACUUUGGGCAGAAUCCCAGGAGAGAAAAUCCAUUUUGGAAAGGGCCAUCCUCUCCCCGGCCCCUCCAGCAGCGCCUCUGCUCCAGUUUCCGCCUCGGUCUGCUUGCCCUGGGUCUCAAUGUUCUGUUGCUGGUGGCCAUUUGUAUGACUGGGUCCCAAAGUGCACAACUGCAACUGGAGCUGCGGGCCCUGAAAGAAGCUUUCAGCAAUUUCUCCUCUAGCACCCUGCUGGAGAUCCAGGCUCUGGACUCCCAUGGAGGCACAGCAAAUGACAAGUUGAGAUCCUUGGGAAACAAGGUAGAGAAAAAGCAGAAAGAGCUCCAAACAGAUCACGCUACCCUGAACCUUCAUCUGAAGCACUUCCCAGUGGAUCUGCGCACCCUGACUUGUCAGAUGGUAUUCCUCCAGAGUAACGGCACAGAAUGCUGCCCCAUUAACUGGGUGGAGCAUGAAGGCAACUGCUAUUGGUUUUCUCGUGUUGGGAUGACCUGGCCUGAGGCCCGCCAGUACUGCCAGCUGGAGCGUGCCCACCUGGUGGUCAUCAACUCUUGGAACGAGCAGAAAUUCAUUACUCAACACACGGGCCCCUUUCAUACCUGGAUAGGUCUCACGAACAGCGAAGGCUCCUGGAAAUGGGUGGAUGGAACUGCAUACAGGCACAGCUACAUGAACUGGGCUUUCUCCCGGCCAGAGAACUGGGGCCGAGGCCGCGAAGUGGGUGGAGGUGAAGACUGUGCUGAAAUCUUGUCGAAUGGUUAUUGGAAUGGCAAUAACUGCCAGCAGGUGAACCGCUGGGUGUGUGAGAUGCCGAGGGAUAUCACUGGGUAGGAGCCCUGCUCCAGCGGGACUCUGUGCCCCACCCCUCUGCCACUCAGCCUCUCUACUGAGGAUUUUUGUGAAGGAAGGGCAGAACAGAGUCCUGGACGUGGGGAGGGGGUCAGGAAAAAUAGAAAGGGAGGGUUUAAUUGUCUUAGACCCUGGGAAGCCUGAGGUUCUGCCUCUUGCAAUUCAUGUAACUAGUGUCAUUUUCAUCCUCUUCAGAGGAGUAGGAAAAGAAGGAACAAACUC